CUGGAAGACAGGAACCUGUACCUCACUUGGACCUAGAGAUGAGGAGCACCAUAGCCAAGCUGGGCAAGAGCGUCGCUGUUAUGGAGGAACACUAUGCCGCGGAACAUGAGAAAAAGGAAGCUAAGAGGAAGAAAAAGUUGAAAAAGGAGGAGGCGUUGCGUCAAGAUGAAGAGGAGAAGGCCAGACUGGAGGAACAAUGCAUUCCGACGGAGAAGAAAACUUUGAAGAAGAAGCAGGAGAGACAAAAAGAAGAAGAGUUAAGGAUGGAGAUGCAGAAGGAUAUGCAGAUCCAACUUGCUAUGCAAGUCAAUGAGCUGGAAGAUCGCUUGGUCCAUCGUAUGCAUCAGGUGGUUGCCUCCGUGCCUUCAGCUGGAGCUGAACGUGGAAAGAAGAAGGUUACUUAUCAAUCGGAAGAUGACGUGCUCUCGUCCAGCGCAAGUGAGAGCAGUGACACCAGUGUCACGCAAAAACUCAGUCCGCUCUGGCCCGCUUGCGAUCUCGGCUCCCGCUUCCGGCCUUCGAGGGGUAAACCAGCUGGCGAUGUGGAAUGGGAUUUGAUUAGGAGGUGUGCGCAAGAAGGGGUUAGAGGCAUCUCGGACCUGGAGAUCGUGAAUCUUGCGUUGACCGCCUGUGAGGAGAAGAAACUGAGGGACUCUUGGUGGACGGUGACCAGCGAGGAGUCAGAGGGAGAAGGUGCUGACGAGAAUUCUAGUGAGGAGAAGGGGGAACCGGAGGAGGAGAAGGACUCGGAAGGUGACGGGGACAAUAGUGAGGAGGACGAGCCGGGAAGGGGCGAUCGAGGGCUCGAGGGGCCUUCCUAUAGAAUCUCGGUGGGGGGAUUUACCGGACGCAAGAAUGGGAGAAGCCCUAGAAGUUCCACGAGAUAUGGGGGGUACCGACCACCCCGGAGAGAAGAGGAAGGGGGACCGAUUAGAAGGGGUCUUAGAGACGAAAGGCCGGCGGAGGCUGGCAGUAGGCCACGGAGAUGGGCCGUGAAAGAAGCAGAUGCUGCAUGGGCUCCCGGCGAGAUGACGGGCAGGAGUCAGGGGGUGGAGGCCUGGAGAAGCUUAAGGGGGCCGGGCCACGCUCGGUGGGAGACGGACUGGCCGGAAAAGUGGGGCCGCUACGGGGAAGACCCCUGGGAAUCGCCGAGACCUCGGGGCCGAGUAGAGGAGCCGGAUCCCUCGUGGUACAAGUCGUACGACCCGGCAAUCGAUGGGCUAAUGGAGGGUCCCUGUUUUUGCCGAUACGAUGACCGACGAGUCCCUUACUAUAACGUCAACCUGGGUCUGGAGGCACUUUUCUUCGACGGGCGAGAUGUGACUGGAUUCGUGGAGAAGUGCGAAAGUUACGCUUACCGCAAGAGAUUCUCCGAGAGGAAGUGGAUCGACUAUUUCAUCCAGCACUCGGACCCCGAGUUAGACACCGCAAUCCGAGCUAUCUACCCUUCGGACGGACGAUGGAGGACCUUCAGGGCAAGCCUAUUGCAGACUUUCGCCUGUGAUGACCUAAUUUCGACCGUGGAGGGUUUGCGACGAAUUACAAGGGGGGAACGGGAGAGCUUGGUAGCCUUCACUUGUAGGUUCAAGCGUCUGUCCCAAGCCCUAGUGGAUAGGGGUAUGCUGUCCAAAGUAGAUAGGUGCGUAAUGUUCAUGUUGCACCUGCCCGAGGAAAAGAGGAAAGAGGUCCUUGAGAAGGCCCCAAGGGAUUCCGCCAAUUUCGAGAAAGUCGCCGAGGUGGUUUUCACAAGGGGAGGAGUAGACGUGAGGGAAUACAUGAAAGAGACCUUGGACAUGGCUCUCCGUAACAUGCGAGGGACACGGAACGAAGGUCCAAGGGGGAGCGAUAGACCGCCCCCUGGUCCACCGGCUCCCCGGUGGGGAGAACGGCCGACCGGAUGGAGGAACGGAUCAGGUGGCCAAGGAGGUUGGAGGAAUGACCGAGAGAUAGGGGGGAGUCGUGGUUCUGAUUGGGGGAAUUCCCAUUGGAAGGAUGCUAGGGAUGGAGGUGGGGAGACACCCCUCAAGCAAGUGCUUCAGGGUCGCGACCGGAGCCGGGAUAGAACGGGGGAAGCUACAAUAUCGGAAGAAGAGAURGUCGAUCUCAUCCGRAAGAGGAAAGAAACAGAAGGGCAAAGGAUAACGGCCGAUAGAUUGGCCAAAAUGGAUAUAGGAGAUGGGAAUCUCACGGAGGAAGAGAAAGAGUUCAUAGCCAUGACCUUAAGGGGMUGCGAUAAGGCCAUUGUCUUUGAUGACUCGGAGAGAGGGAGAAUCGACCCAAGGUAUGCUACGCCGGCUCGGAUCCACACGGUCCCACACGUGCCCUGGAAGGAUAGGCCUCAGUGGAAGUACGCUCAAAAGGAGAAAGAGGAGAUAGUAGCUUUUAUCAAGGAGAARAUCAGAAUAUUCSUCGCGGAGCCUUGUGAGAGUGCAUACUCCAAUAAGUGGUUCUUUUUUAGAAAWGGGGGUAGCAACAAACUGAGGUGGAUACAAAACCUCCAAAGGACCAACGCGGUCACUAUAAGGGAUGUGGGGUCGAUACCAGAGGCAGAUCUACUCGCGGACGGGUCGGCAGGUCGUUCGAUAUACUCGAUCUGUGAUCUCUUUUCGGGGUAUGAUGAGAUCCCUUUGGACUACCGCGAUAGGCAUAUGACCGCCAUGCAUACGCCUCUAGGGCUGGUCCAAAUGAUGGUGGUACCCAUGGGGUGGACUAACGGGGUAGCCGUGUUCCAAAGGGCCAUGAUCACGGUCCUCAAGGAGUUCAUACCGGAGAAGGUAGAGGUCUUCCUGGAUGACUUCCCGAUAAAAGGGUCGGUCGAGCAGGAUGAGACGGACGUCUUUGCAGGAGUGAGAAAGUUUGUGGCCGACCACAUGAGUGACGUCAGAAACGUCCUUGAGAAGUUGGAUGAUGCCAACSUCACGGUGAGCGGAACUAAGAGUCGUUGGGGCGUAUCCUCCAUCAAGAUAUUAGGGUUCAUUUGCGAUAAGGAGGGGCGGAGGCCCGACCCCGAGAAAUUAGGGAAGUUGAUGACUUGGCCAUCGCCGCUCCAAUCCAUAACGGAGGUCCGACAGUUUCUAGGGGUUGUGGGCAACUGGAGAAUCUUCAUAAAAGCCUAUGGAGAGAAAGCAGAACCCCUUAGAAGACUCCUGAGGAAAUCGGAAGGAUGGAUUUGGGGGGAAGAACAAACCACGGCCAUGGAGGCCUUAAAGGAGGAGUUCCGCGAAGGUGGAGAGGUCCUAGGAGUUUCGUUCUUCGAAGACGAGGAGAGUCGCCCGUUCAUAGUAUCCACGGACGUUGGACCUCAUUCGGUGGGAGGCCUCCUAUCUCCAAAGGAUGGAGAGGGAAAAGAGAGACCGUUGCGAUUCGAGAGCCGGACAUUGAACCCCGCCGAGCGGAAUUACAGCCAAUUCAAGAAGGAAGUAUUAGGGGUACUACAUUGCCUGAAGGCCUUCCGUCAUUACCUGCAUGGGCGACGAUUUUUCCUAGAAGUGGACCCCACUGCAGUGGCAGCGGUCCUUCAAAAUGAAUUUUCACUUACCGAUCCAACCAUCGUCCGAUGAAUGAUACACAUUAGGCUUUACGACUAUAGGGUCGAGAGGAUAUCGGGGGCCAAAAACCAGGUCGCGGACGGGCUGUCCCGGCUUCCCAUUCGUGAGGAGGACCAACCUAGGCUCAAGGAGGAAGCGGCGACAAUGGGCGAAAGGGAGGUAAUGAAAAUCGACACUAAUA